AUGAUCGCGUUAAGUUUCCUGUUAUUAUCGUGUUCAUUAGUAUAUUCUGAUGCAAGUUACGUGGACACUUUAACAAAAUGCCAUAUAAACGACGGAAAAUGUAUAACAAAAAUAUUUUUAAAAGUCCUGAAUGACGUGGGUUCUACUGGAAUCCCAGAACUGAAUGUGGGCCCUAUAGACCCCUUGGAGCUGACAAAUGUUACAUUAAAUGUUUUGGAUUCAAUCAAGCUAAUUAUAACAAGUGGUAGUAUCAAGGGUUUCACAAAGUGUAACGUGAAAAGAUUAAGUGUUGACUUAGACAAGCAAGAAGGAUCACAAGAUUUGGCCUGUGAAGCGUUAGAACUUAACGGUGAAUUUUAUUUUGAAGGUUUCAAUCCACAGCUGCAGAAAUUUUUCGGAACCGAUUCAUUAUCCGGACAUGGAAAAGCAAUGAUUAAAUUUGAACAAGUGGCUAUGACCCUAAGUAUACCAGUCACCGUGAUAGAAAAAGAUGGUGACACUUAUAUAAACAUUUUCCACAACACAAUAAACUACACAUAUAGCGUAGAGAAAGCAGAAUUUGAUAUACAAGAACUUUUUAUCGGAGAAACUGACGUCAGUCAAAUCCUUUUGGAGUUCCUUAAAACUAGCUGGAAAUCAUUAAAUCAAAUCUUUGGAACAUCUUUCGUCGAUAAGGCUGCGGAAUUAGUAUUGGAAUAUUCCAAAGAAUUCUUCGACAGAGUUCCAACUAAAUUUUACAUUUUAGAUGACCUGACACCAUACGUCAGACACUAGUUGUUUAGAACUUUUAUACAAUAAGUGAUGCAGUAUAGUUUUUAUGAAGAAUCAGACAAAAAUACAAUUGGUUAAAUUUUUUGCCAUUCAAACUGUAAAACUGCUUUAAAGAUAGAGUUUUUGAUUUAUUAUUGCGAUUUUGUACAAGUGUUUGGUUACGUUAAUACUAGAUAAUAAUAUGAUGUUGAAAUAAAUAAUAAUAUAAAGAACAUAUCAUUAUAA